ACAUCCUGCUAGUGUGUGCUGGAAAAAAACACACUUCGGGUGCAUUGCUCCUGUAAAAAAAAUCGAGCUGUAAAAUCGGUUAAGUCGUUGCCUGUCACUUCAUAUCAACGCAACCCUCGUAAAAACGAACGUAUUGCUGCGACGUCGUUACGAGGUACCCUGUGCAGCCCAUGUUCUGUCGAGAGCCACCCGCUCGCUGCGGGCUAUGCCGGGGGAGCUGUUUGUACAGAGCAGGCCCUGCGCCCAGAGCCAGAUACUGAUCCCCCCGACCUGUCCUGUCACAGACAUCAUGGCUGUCCCCCCCUCAUACUCUGACCUGGGCAAAUCUGCCAAGGAUGUCUUCAGCAAGGGCUAUGGAUUUGGGCUCGUGAAGCUGGACCUGAAGACCAAGUCGGAGAGUGGGGUCAUGGAGUUCAUUACCUCUGGAUCCAGUAGCGUAGACACUGGCAAGGCCACUGGAAACCUGGAAACCAAGUACAAAUUGCCUGACUUGGGGCUCAGCUUCAGCCAGAAGUGGAACACGGACAAUACCCUGACCAGCGAGGUUACCCUGGAGGACCAGCUUGCUCAGGGUUUGAAGCUGACUUUUGACACCUCAUUUGUGCCAAACACAGGCAAGAAGAGCGGCAAGCUGAAAGCCGGCUAUAAGCGGGAGUACGUGAACCUGGGCUGCGACGUGGACUUCGACUUCGCUGGGCCCACGGUUCACGCCGCCACGGUGCUGGGCUACGAGGGCUGGCUGGUGGGCUAUCAGAUGGCCUUCGACACAGCCAAGUCCAAGCUGGUCCAGAACAACUUUGCGCUGGGCUACAAGGCCGGCGACUUCCAGCUGCACACCAAUGUGAACGAAGGUACGGAAUUCGGAGGUUCCAUCUACCAGAAGGUGAACGACAAACUGGAGACAGCGGUCAGCCUGGCCUGGACUGCCGGAAGCAACAACACGCGGUUCGGCAUCGCUGGCAAGUACCAGCUGGACCAGGACACCUCUCUGUCGGCCAAAGUUAACAACGCAAGUUUAGUUGGAGUAGGCUACACGCAUAGCCUGCGGCCAGGUGUGAAGCUCACCCUUUCUGCGCUGAUCGAUGGCAAAAACUUUAAUACUGGGGGGCACAAAGUUGGGUUGGGCUUUGAGCUUGAGGUGUAGAGAAGGAGCAAAUUGAGCAACAAAGUGAUGAAGAGCUGAGAACGCCUCCUGAAGAUAGCAAUACCUCCAUCCCCCAGCCCCCCCCAGCCCCCCCAGCCCAAGCCCUACCACCAAACAUGGCAAACAUGCAAACCUUAUAGUAGCCAAUGUUUUGGUCUGGUCAAGUGUCACCAUGACCCAAAUGAUGGAACAGCAGCUGAACGGUGAGCGUUUCAAGGAAAGACGGCCAUAAUUCACUCUUAGCAUUUUGCGUGACAAAUGUGUUGAACUGCCCCCCCCCUUAAAUAAUACAUCCUCAGUGUAAGUUCCUGGGUUUACCCAAAACCAGUUACCUCACUGAAUAAUUUACUGGGCCCUGUGUCAUAAGCCAGUACUGGAAGGUCUAUUGAUAAUAUAUAUUUUUUCUUUUUUUUCCUUGUAUUUUAUCGAUUGAAAUAGGCCCCUCUAAACAGUUAUCUCAAUAGCUUGAAGGAUCCAAUAUCAUUGAUCGUUGAUUUGAUGAGGUUGAAUCGUUUACUGCGAUGUCCCGUUAAUAACAUCAAAUAGAGUUUUUUUUUAAGUUCAGUAAAUUGUGAUUUUGCUUCAGAUAUGCUUUACAGGCAAAAUAAUUGAGCAGAGGUUGCAUAAGGAUCAUCACUGAAGUUGAGUAACACUGAUAGGACACAGUAACGCUAUGCAAAGAGGUGGAGAGAUUGGCUGGGUCGUGGCUUUUAUCCAGACGGCCACCGUGCAGUGGCUGCUGCAUGAGCAUAUCCGUGCCGCUGACUGCAAUCCUCUACAUGGGCCUGAAUGGCUGUGCGAUUCUGUUUUUACCUCUCGUCGCAUUAUUGAUGAUUAUAAUUUUAAUUUCCUAAUUGUGCACCCUUGUCAGGUCAAAAGAUCGCUUGCCCUUUGUUGCUCUACGUAUCGGUACCUAUCAUUUUAAGUAUGAUUGAUAGGAUGGAUGAUCUGCGUGCUGAGACACACUUUCUCUUUUUGUGUUUACUUCAAAAUAAAUAUAAAGACUUCAAAGGC